AUGUCAUCCCUGUUGAAAGAAGAGAUGCAGCGUGUCUUGUUUAGACCAGAAAAACAGGAACUGGUGGACUUUAUAGAGAUCGAGGAGGAAAAAAGUGGACGACAUUUCCUCUGUGUGUCUGUAUCUAAGAGCAAACAAGUCCAGAUCUCAGUGGUGCAGUGUGAGAAAGCUCGCUAUGCCAAGACUAAGAAAUCCCAGCGUAUCGGAUUCGAAGACCAGUAUGUGAGGACAGAGAUAUGGGCUCUCGAAGAAUUGAGGAUUCUGGACGGGAGGGACCCUGACACAGAUGAUCCGUGUUUCCUGAUGCACUUCGACACGGUGCGUUCUGUAAAAGCAGUGAACUGUGCUGCAAAGUACUGCUUGGCCCGCAGUCUGGUUGCACUUAGUGACUCACAUCAGCACACUCAGCUACAUGUUCGGAACUUUGACUGGAAAUACAUUAAGCCAACAUCUAUAUACUCAAACAGAGGUGACUGCAUGGUCCUGAUGCGGAUCUGUUGCUACGCCUUCAACCUGGUGUGUCUCUCCUUGUGUCCUGUGCCUGUUUGA